AUGAUACAUAAAGUGGAUGAGACGAUCCCCUCAAGUGAAUCACAUUCAAUAUCUGUGAAUUUACCGACAUGGCAAAGUGCAGUAGAUUAUGUACAAGAUAUGAAAAUACAUUCAAAAGAGGACACAGAUACAACUAAGUUUAAACAUGGAUAUCCCAGAGUGAAAUUACAUCCUUUAGUAUCAAAACUAUGUAAUGUAAUACGUGAAAAAUAUGCAAAAGAAAAUGAAUCCUGUCUUUGUUUCCCAUCAUAUAAUGUUGCCAAGAGAUGUAGAGAAUAUAUUCGUUUUAAGAGUCAAAGUAAUGUUAAAGUACGGAUUUUACAAUUAGCUACCUCAAAACCAAUUACUUCAGAUGAAAAAAAAUGGAAACGUGAAUGUAAAAUUGCUGUUGUAUUUGUUAAAUCUGAAUAUUAUCCAAUUUUGAAAGAAUAUUGGCAAUUAAGUGGAGAAAUUAUUUCUAGUAGAGCAGCAGAAUAUGUCUUACAUGAAUUGUUUGUAAUUUCAUCAUCAAUUGGACGUACAACUUUUAAUGAUACUAAUAAUAAUAAUAACAAUAAUAAUAAUAACAGUGCUACAAAUUCGACACUUGUUGACAAGGCUACAUUAAUAGAUAAAGAUUUAAAUUUUGAAUUUGCUGAUAGAGCUAAGAAAUUAAUUAAGAAAAGAAUUACUAAUAAUUUUGUUGAUAUGAAUGAAGAAAAUGAGAAUUCAAAUUAUCAUUUCCAUGAAAAUAAUUCUAAUUUAACAGCUACCUUUUUAGAUUCUGAGACAUCAGUUAAUUCAACUAAUAAUAGUAAUGGAGGUGGUAGUAGUAGCAAUGAGGGUCAAAAUAAUAAUAGUAACGGUUUAAGUGAUUGGGAUCUAAAUUUUGAAGAUGGAGAAGAAUUUCAAGAAAUUGAUCAAACGAUUACUUCUGCAGCACCGACGACAGGUUUGCGUUCAAGAAUUCCACCAGAACCAAUAUUUGCAGACACAACAGAUGACCUUCAUCUGGGUAAUGACAGAGAUCCAACUUUAACGCGAAGUAGUUUGCAUGUAAGAGCAGAAUCUAUGAGUUUUACAAAUGAGGACACAAGAGAAUCCUUAGUUGAUCCUGAAAAAGAUGUAUUUUUAUUCCCAAGUGGGAUGGCUUCGUUAUUUACUUCAUUGCAUUUAUUAUUACAGUUUGAUUUAAGAAGAGUCAAUAGAACAAGAAGUAAUGCAUCUUCAAAUACAAGUUUAAAUGAAUCAAUGACUACAAAUAAUAAUAAUAGUGGUACUAGUACUAUCGGCACGAGUACUAAUGGUGGCACCUUGGAUUUAACAACUAGUAAUAAUAACAAUAGUGCUAUAUCUGGAUUAACCCAUAGAACAAAUAGCAAUGAUAAUAAUGACAAUUCAGAUAAACAUGGUGCUAAUCUGUAUAAGAAGACAGUUAUGUUUGGUUUACCAUAUUCAGAUACUUUAAAGAUGUUACGAACUUUUAAUAAUACAUAUUUUUUACCAGGUGGAGAAAAUGAAUCAAUGAUUCAAUUAAAGAAAAUAUUACAUUCAGGUGAACAAAUUCUUGCUGUAUUUAUUGAGGCACCAUCAAAUCCUUUAUUAAAGAUGGGUAACUUAAUCGAAUUAAAAGAAUUAUCCGAAAUGUUUGGAUUUUAUAUUAUAUUAGAUGAAUCAAUUGGUAGUUUUGUUAAUAUUGAUGGAUUACAACAUACAGACAUUGUUUGUAGUUCAUUGACAAAAAUAUUUAAUGGAGAAACUGGUGGUACAAUGGCAGGUGCAUUAAUAUUAAAUCCAAAGAGUAAAUUAUAUUCAUUUGCGCAAGAAUUCCUAAAUGAAUUAGGUGAAUAUGAGGAUAAUAUAUGGUAUAAAGAUUUAUUAAUUCUUGAAAAGGAUUCGAGAGAUUAUGUUGCAAGAACAAUGAAGACAAAUCAAACAUGUGAAUAUGUUAUUGAUAAUGUUAUUAUUAAAAAUGAGGGAAAUUUAUUUAAAAAAGUUUAUUAUCCACGUUUUACCUCGAUAACCACAAAGACAAAUUAUGAAAUGAUUAAAUGUAAUGAAGAUAGUGGAUAUGGUAAUAUAUUUUCUGUUACAUUUAAUAAUAUGGAUCAAGCUAAAAAAUUUUAUGAUUCGUUAGAGAUAUAUAAAGGACCAUCAUUAGGAUCGACUUUUACAAUGGCCAGUCCAUAUACAAUUUUACAAUAUGGUACAAAUAAAAUUGAACUUGAAGAUGCAAAUAGAUUUGGUCUUGAUGAAACAUUAAUUAGAAUUAGUAUCGGUUGUGAAAGUAGAAAGACAUUAUGUACAAUAUUUCAAAAUGCUAUUGAUAAAGCGAUGAAAUUAACAAAUACAGAUUAG